AUGGCAGACACCUCUGAGGGUCCUCACCUAUACAAUCCCCAAGUGGGGGAAGAUCAAAAACCACAGAUUGGGAUGGAAUUUUCAUCAUUGGAGGAGGCCUUCGCGUUCUAUAAUCAAUAUGCACGUGAAUCCGGCUUUAGUGCAAGAUUAGACAACAGUAAGAAGAAUAAGCGGACAAAUGAAGUUGGAUGGAAAAAAUUUGUAUGUUUUAAAGAAGGACAUACAGAUGAAAAACGAAAAAAAGUUGCUCAAGUUGACAGUGUAAAGGAAAGAGCACGUGGGGAAGUAAGGACUGGAUGUAGGGCAAAACUAUCACUUGUUAAAGAACAGACCGGGGCAAAUUGGAUUGUCACUAAAUUCUUGGAAAGUCAUAAUCAUCCACUCUCAACACCUUCGAAGGUGCAUUUGCUCCGCUCACAUCGCCAUGUUUCUGAAGCCAAGAAAGUUUUGACGCAGCAGUUUGCAGAAGCUAAUAUCCCAACUUGUCAACAAGUCCGAUUAUUGGAGAUAGAUUCUGGAGGCCCUGAGUUUCUAGGUUGCACGGAACGGGAUAUUAGAAAUUUUGAGAGAGAGUUAAGGGAUGAACAAAAGGGAAUUGAUGCUGAAACACUGAUUGAGUUUUUUGCGACUGAGAAAGAGAAGAAUUCUGGCUUUUUCUAUACUUAUGAGAUUGAUUCAACAGGAAGAUUCACUAGGUGUUUCUGGGCGGAUCAUGUAUCAAGGAGGGCAUACAGCGUCUUUGGUGAUGCUGUUGUAUUUGAUGCAACCUAUAACACCAACAAAUAUGGGUUGAUUUUCGCACCCUUCAUAGGAGUUAAUCAUCAUCAUCAGAGCAUCGUAUUCGGUUGUGCCUUUUUAAGUGAUAAGAAAACUGAGUCGUUUGUUUGGUUGCUUACAAAGUUCAUUGAAGCAAUGCCUAAAGGUCCACCAACUGUGAUUAUCACCGAUCAAGAUCCAGCGUUGACGAAGGCCAUUGGCCAGGUUUUACCUCAAACAGUGCAUCGAUCAAAUGCUACAGAGAAGGAUAAUACCAACGACGACGAAUCGUAUGAAGAAGAUUUGGGUCUAACACCUUGCCCUUUCCGUUCUGAGGAUAGGUACUACCACUCUCUAGUCUCUAAGUUGAAGAGAGUAAUACAGGCGAUCCUAGAGGUAUUGAACAUUGUGCAAAAUAUAUCUGAACAUGCCCUUGAAAUGUAA